GUUGCUCUUCCGGAGGAGAUGAACUUUAACAUCAGUGUUGGCCGCGUGAGGGCAAACGCGGAUGUGUUUUACCACGGCGCCAAACUGGGGUAUCUCGAUCUAAGCAAAUGGCAAAACGCAAACUCGACUCGAAUCGCUUCGGCCAAAGACGAGGGUCCCCUACUGGCAGUACAAUCAGCAAUCGAGAAGGCUCCUCUGACCGUGACAGACGACGAUGUUUUUACCGAUGUUUUGAACGCACUGCUAUUUGGCGGCAAAGGAGUCGAAUUGGGCAUCAAGGCGGAUGUUGAUGUCGAGAUGGAGACUGCGCUCGGUCAAUUGGCUGUCAGGAAGAUUCCUGCCGAAGGCUCUGUGCCUGUCAAACCCAUCAAACGAGGCGGUGUCGGCUCAUUCACGCCAAAGAUCGGCAAUCUACAAAUACUGGACACUGGCAAGACUUCGUUGACCCUCACCGCGUUGGUGAACUUCACCAAUCCUACCGAGUACAGCGCAACAGUACCCUUUGUCGACAUCAAUAUCCUGACCAACGGCACAUUGCUUGGACACGCUACAGCCAAGGAUGUGAGCGUUGUGCCCGGAGUCAAUACCAAUAUUCUCGUUACAGCCAUAUGGGACCCUAGGACAUUGGGUGGCGAAGAAGGCCACCGCGUUGGUGUCGAGUUCUUAUCUCAAUAUAUUUCUGGUUGUUUGCGCACUCAUGAGGGUACCAUCCCAGCACAACCAUCUCUUGGUCGUGCGUUGUCCAAGUUUGGGGUCGACCUACCGACACCGAAUUUGAGAGGUGGUGGUGACAAGGAUGAGAAGCAUUUCAUCCAAGAUGCUACGAUGCAUCUUAUCACAAGCACAGCAAACUUUGUGCUACUCUCGCCGUUGAAGACGUCGACGAUCUACGUCACAUAUAUCAAUGCGACAGCUUUCCAUAAUGAAGAUGCAGUCGGUCAUAUCGUUUAUGAUUUGCCAUUUGCCGUACCUCCGGGAUCUUCAACAUCGCCACGUUUACCAGUUGACUUUGGGUCAAUUGGAUACGACGAGGUCAAAGGAGCAUUAGGCGGAACGCUCAGAAUGGCAGCGAAAGCGACGGUAGGAGUGCGAUUAGGCAAGUGGGAAGAGCGGAUAUGGUACCAGGGAGAGGGCAUAGGUGCCAAGAUCAGAUUGUGA